UUUACCAGUGUUCGUGCGAACGCAGCUUCGAAGAGAGUUCGCUCGCGCAACAUUUUCGUUUUCAACGGGAAAUCGUCGCGCAAUUCGCACCUGAAUCGCACCUGUGGGUCACAAACUUUACGCUCUAUCUCUUUCUCUGAUAACGAAUGUAUUUACACGAUCAUCGCCAACUGUGUCUCGCUUGAGGAAGAAACAUACAAGGUUGAAAUUACGUAAGACAAAAAAUACAUCAGCAAAGCACACACGGUGAAAUAUGGCGGAGAAGCAGUUUACCAGAAGGGAGAUCGAGAAUAACCAAGAUAAAGACAAUAACCUGUUCAUCAUACACGAUAAAGUGUACAACGUACACGCGUUCCUCAACGAGCAUCCGGGAGGAGAGGAGGUUCUGAUAGAGCAGAAGGGCAGGGAUGCGUCCGAUAACUUCGACGACGUCGGUCACUCGCAGGACGCCUUAGAGCUGAUGAAGAAGUACCAGGUGGGCGUGCUUGUCGAAUCGGAAAAAACGAACAAACAGCCGAAGAAGGGCUGGGUGUCAGGAUACAAUGCGAAGAAGACGGAAAGUGACGUUAAAGGAACUGGUCUUCCUCUCUACUUGCUUCUAGGUGGAAUUGCGAUCGUGGUGGCACUCUUGAUUUUUAAGUCUUAAAUUCGAAUCGCGAGAAUGUGACAUGAGCGAAUGUGCAGAAUGAGAAUGUAAUACAAGAACGUUGUUAUUAAUAAUUUUUAUAUUAAUAUUAUUUCUCCAAAGCGUAUUGUAGCACUAACUGUAGUUUUGUCUUAGAUAAUUCCAAAUUUCAACGCGUCAGAGCAAUGUCAGAAAAUUAUUGUACAAUAUUUCUCUCGACGAUGUCAAUUCCGUAUUGAAUUCUUGCGCACGAGAACGAAAUUUUUUCAAAGUGACAUUUGUAUCACAUUUUUCUAUAUUUUUAUUUUGUUACAACUUCUACAAAAAAUCCUUCAAGUAUUGUUUUCUCGUUAAAAUUUAAGACAUUAUUGUUUCAUAUAAGUAUUAUAUGAAAUAAUAAGUAUAAGUAUAAAUAUAAGUAUUAUACUGAAUACUUAUGUUUUUUAAAUUUUGACAAGAAGUGUGAUAUCUUUUUGAAAAGUACUUGUAAAUGAUAGGAAAUGUAAAUAACGCAAUUGUAUUCUUAGUAAUUUUUUCUAAAUUAAAAAAUAUGUCAAACGUUGUAAAAGAGGAAAGCGUGGGAACCUUUUUCUUUUUUUUGUAAUCACUACUUAAGCAAUCAACGAACUCGAUUACGUUUAACUAUGCAAUUAGUGACACAGAUCUCUCUGUUUGCGCAGAUCUUAAUUGCUCAGAUUGACUAUUGCACAGAUCCUGAUUGCUGGCGUACAUCUCGUUUAUACAGAAAACAUUUGUACAGAUCCCGAUCGCCGAUAGCGGUCAUUGGGAGCACAAGAUCUCGUCCCAAAAUGUUUUUUUGGCAAAACAUAAAAUUCAAUAGGUUUGGCUAAAUUUUUUUCGCUGAUCGUAUAAUAGCAAAAUUUUUUUCCCGCGUAUAAUUUAUAUGUGAUAUUUUAUUUCUAUUAAUCGAGGCAAAAAAAAAAAAACCAAUUACCGCAAAACCCUACUUUAUAUAUCGAUUACUGCGAACAGUUCGAAUUGUUACAGCUCGAUGAGCGUUUUAUCUCGAUUUUAUACGCAAAACGAUACGAAUGAAUGAAUUGCGCAACGACGCCUAAUUGUAAAACUUGGCGAAUGAUAUAUGUUAAUGGAAAUCAAGCGUUUGUAUGGCGCAUUAACUGGAGCGGAAGGAUUAAACAACGCGGCGCGCGUAUACGCGAAAUCGAGAAACAGGAUGGAGAUAUUUCAAGUGCGCAAAGAGAGUUGACAAAAUCUAUUCAAAGACCAAAUGACAAUGUAACACAUGUUAUUGACGAGUAAACAUUGAUUUCAACGACACUCGAUGAGUUAUUAUCAAAUAAAUGUGUAUCCCAAUACAAAUAAAUAGCGUAGUAAGACCUCAAAAAAGCAA